AAUGUUCUUACUGUAACUUAAAUAUAAAAUAGCAGUGCGGUAAAUACUAGUGUUUUCACACACGCACACUGACGUACUUUGUAUAUAAAAUUAAUAUACUGAUUAAAAGGUCUCCUCUGUCGGUGAUGUAAUCAUUUAGGAAUUACAUGUAUGCAAAUUACAUAAUAUCAAGCUUGACAAUUCGACCUGCGUGAAAAUAAUCAGGGAGGGAGCGAAUGAUAUUUAAGUAUUAUUUAACUUUUGAUAUCAAUGAUAUAUUUACCAUUUAACUAUAGAUAAACGUGUGAUUUGUAAGGUCAUCUUAUUCAGAUUGAGUGUACCGUACAUAAACUUCACUACCCACAAUGCCUUUCGACGCAUCCAGCACCCAACAGCAAACCCUUUGGAGUGAAACUCAAAUCACGGGCGGGAGAAGACGGAGUCAGUCGGCUCGCCCAGUCGGAGCGGAGAGAGUUUGAAACAAAAAGUUUAAAAUAGUUUUAUUAUCGUCGACUUACUUUUGAAUUAGCGGAGUUUAAACGCUACAUUUCUGUUUCUUGUUGAGGUGGAAGAGGAGGCACCCCCCAGUAACGGUUCCGAAGUGCGUUAACUAACGCUAACUAGCUACCUAAAGUCAACGUUUCCGAGGGGAGACGGGAAGUGAUUCAACAGUUUAAAGAUGAUCAUCAAGGGGCAGAAGCGCAAACAUCCACCGGAGGACGUGGAGGUUUCCGACAGGAGCAGCCCGACCUGGGAGAGCCAGCGCCAGUUCAUCUUCUCGGUCUCCCUGAACAAGUACCAGUGUGGCCAGGUGCUGCCUGAACCCAGCCUGCGGCGGUCUGUCCUCAUAGCCAACACUCUGCGGCUGAUCAGCGUGGAGGCUUCUAUGGCGCCCUCUGUAGACAUGGAGGUGUCACAACCGCCUUGUAGCUCUUCAUCUGCCCUCCAGGAGAGUAUUUUGACCGGAGGCGCUGCAGCAAAGCAUCACUCUGCAGUGAUGUAUUCUGACAGCCAACCAGCUCUCGUCAGCUGCCCUCCGCUUUCUUUAGAUUGCACGUCAAAUUGCGCGACAAGUAGGUCUCCUGCAAACUGCAACUUGGGUACAUUAAAUGCCCCUCUGUCUGUUAAAGACGAAGAUGAGGACUGGGGCUCGAUGUCCACAGAGUCCGAUUGCUCCCUCUCAGCUGCCAUCUCCUCCAUUCUCACCGCGCUGGACUCCAUCCUUGAUGGGGGCCCACAGGUAGCUCCACGUACACCUCUCAGGUCCUUGGAGAACCUGUCGGGGCCCUGCGAUGGCGGAGUGGGGUGGGUGAAACAGCGAGUCAGAAGUUAUUCGGGAAGCUGGGAGCAGCAGGUAGAGUCUAGCGAUCUGUUCCAGGAUAUCGACACAUCCCUGCUGGAGAGGGACAUGGGUGUGCUUGGGCUCAGAGGCAGUGGAGGUGGAUACCAGGCUGGGGAUGACUUUUACCAGUAUCUGCCGACUUUCUCCUAUUCCUUCCCUCCACACCGCUUCUCCCUCUCUCUCAACCAGGAUCUGAAGUGCCUGCCUUCGUUCUCCUCCUUCAGCCCAUUGUCAUCCUCACCUGCUUCUUCACCGUCUCUUUCUUAGACACUCAUCUCUAGUCACAAUCGAGGACAUGGGGCUUUUUGUUUCACAUGAAGAGUUUGUGUUUCUCCAGCAAUAAUGGAAGCCACAAUGACAACUAUCUGUAGGAAACCAGAUACGUCUGUUUUCCUUUUUUAAUGGCAAUGCGUCAUUGCGCAAUGAACUGCUGAGAAGCAUUUUACUACAGUGUCAAGUGUGAUGGAGCUAAUUGGAACAAGAGAAGGGAGGUGCGGUUAGAAAACAGGAUUCACCCUAAAAUGUGUCAAUGGCACCACAGCUUCAAGUGAUCCUGCGUUCACAUUGAACAUCCCAGUUCAUCGGAGACUGAGAACAAAAAGCAGCCGAUUAUGUGCGGGUGUUGUGAGUAAAAUGUUAUUGUGGGUUCUGAGAGAAUGUGGUGUAUGAAGUAGAAUAUUUGAAAUACUAAUAUUAUAGGUCAAACUUCUGUGAAGAAAUUGUUUAACCUCGUAUUUAUCAGCGAGUUAGAACAGGGGAGUGUAUCAGGUGCUCAGAGACCGGGUCAGGAUUUCAAACAGCAGGCGCACCCAGACAAAGUGCUCGUUAGUCUGAAAAGAAAUCGAGUGAUUUCAAAUUUCAUCCAUCACUUUAUCAAGUAUAAAUCAGCAAGCAGCAGGUGGAGGUACAGUACGAUGACAUUUCAUAUGCAUCCUGCAUUGGCAGUAAAGUACUCAGUGGAAACAAGAUCACGACUAAAAUCUAAAUGCCACUCAACCACCUUCAGCCAUGUCCCAUCUGAAACUCAAAGUUUGGUGUGAAAUGUUUUCCCUCUUGGUCUGAGUGCGGCUGCAGCUCAGGAAACAAAUCGCCGUUCUGCGACGCACUGUCGCGCUCAGAAAGAGCAUUUGCCGUCUUUUACAAGAUGCUUUUAUUCAAAGAGCGUCAACCGUUCUGAGAUUGUGUGCAACACGUCCUCAUGGGGUUUCUAAUGCGCUGGUACAGAGUCACUGUUCAGUCACAGCCACUACGCGGCAGCUGGACAGAUGUGGUGUUUGUGGCGGGUGCUUAGCAUCAUGCGGGGAGCAGCUGUUCACGCAUCAGCAGCUCUGCUCGCAGAUUACGUCUGGUUUACAUCUGAAUUAUUGCACUUUUGUUAAUAUGCAUUUCUUGUCUCUUGUGUUAAGCAAUGGUAAUAUUGCUGGUCAAAUUAUUCCUUCCGAACCCCUAAAGUGGAGUCCUGUUAUGUGACCCGUGUCAAUGUGUUGUUGAAAAGAGAAAAACACUUUAGGAAACUUCACCAGCUAUCCAUGAAGGUCCAGCAGAUGAAAGGAGAACCGGUUGGAGCGCCUGACGUCUGUCAGGUCUUUGGCCUCUCAGUUGCUUUCUGUGCAGAGGGCCGUUGGGAAUAGCUGGGUCUCACACUAUUUAUAAAUGGCAUAUUUUUGUUGAUAUGUAAGGUCAUACCAUGUUUGACAAUUCUGUAAUGCUAUAUUAAUGUACCACUAUGGCAGUCAUUUUAAUUUACUCAUUAUUUUCUAAUAUUUCAUUUGGAGAUUGAGGGCAGGAUGCCCAGACACUGUAUUUAGACUUUUCAGAAGACAAAUGUCUUUAUUUAUAACGAUGUUCUUAAUAAAAUGUUAAAAUCAA